UAGCGCUUCGACGGCCCAACCACUCUGAUAGGCGACACUAAAAAAUUAUUAUUUAACACGAGCGAUAUAGGAACGUGCAUCGGCGUGGCUCACUUCGCCCACAUCGAUUUUCGUUGUCAUGCCGUCUCCGCGUUCGUUCUCCGCAUCCAGCCACGACGACUUACACGACUAUGAUUUGGACGGCCUAGGCGGCUGUAGUUUCGAUAUAAUAAACGAAAUUGAUAAAUUUCUCGAAGGACUUGAUGGUGCUGAUUUACCAGAAACAGCCGAUUUGGAGGUAGUCAACAAAAACAAUCCAAAAAGUGAUGUAGAAUUUGUUGGUAAAGAUUCAGCUGUGUUUCAACUUCUAGAAGACCAUGAAAACUAUGGUGUGUAUGAACACAAUCCAAAUGAAUGUAACUGGAAUGUUUUUUAUAAAACACUGCCCCCUGGUGAACAAAAAUUUAUCAAAGUAGAGCCAAAGACUGAAAUUAUUAAUGAUGACUUAAACACAGACUCUGAAAACAUAUUGGAAACCUUCUCUUUUAACCUUGAUAAUACUCAGGAAAAACCAAUUAUUGGAGAACAUUCUUCAAAUGUUAUUUCAACUGCUGCUGAUACUAGUGAAAUUUCAUUUUAUGAUGAUGUAUUGGAAAAUUUCUCAUUUAAAAUUUCUCCAUCAAAAGAUGACAAUAUUAAAAAGAAUGCGUUUAGAAAGCCAAACCCAUGGUACCGCACAGAUUCAACACAAAGAAAUAAUGUUUUUCAUCAUAAAAUUAAAAAUCAAUACCAGGGAAAUAGUUCAUUACUAUCUGUUCCUAAUAAUAACAAUAACUAUAAGAAGAAUGCAUUUAGAAAGCCAAACCCAUGGUACCGCAAAGAUUCAACUCUAAAAAAUAAUGUUAAACAAACAUCUCAAUCACAUCUCUCACCUGUACCAUUUAGAGCUCAUGGUGUAGUCGGAGAAGGGAAUAGUUCAUUACCAUCUGCUCAAUCACAUCUCCCGCCUGUACCAUUUAGAGCUCAUGGUGUAGUCGGAGAAGGGAAUAGUUCAUUACCAUCUGCUCAAUCACAUCUCCCGCCUGUACCAUUUAGAGCUCAUGGUGUAGUCGGAGAAGGGAAUAGUUCAUUACCAUCUGCUCAAUCACAUCUCCCGCCCGUACCAUUUAGAGCUCAUGGUGUAGUCGGAGAAGGGAAUAGUUCAUUACCAUUUGCUCAAUCACAUCUUCCACCUGUACCAUUUAGAGCUCAUGGUGUAAUUGGAGAAGAGAAUAGUUCAUUACUAUCUGCUCAAUCACAUCUUCCACCUGUACCAUUUAGAGCUCAUGGUGUAGUUGGAGAAUAUUUGUGUCCUGUAUCUUUGGCUGGAACUACAAUAAAAUUUGUAUCAAGAAAACUGGCAAAUACAAGCAUAAGAGAACAAAUUCUCGUAGAAUUAGCCACACAUGGUGUCAUAGAGAACAAUUGGUGGACGCCUGAUGAUAUGUUCUAUGCAACAUUUACCGAAAGAAAUAUCGCUAAACAUGUUUUUAAAAUAUAUCCUCAGAACAAUAAAAAUUCAUAUUAAUAAAAAAGGUUUCAAUUUUA